CGCACGCGCGCUGGCGGGUGCUCUGCCUCACCUAUUUCCCGUUCCCCGUCCCCGGCUCCCGUCCCGUUCCCCCCGUUCCCGCCUCGCUGCACUGCCCGCGGGCGAUGCGGUGCUUCCGGCGCAGGGCAGGCGGGCCGCGCCUGAGCUCCUCCUGAGCGCUCGCAGCCGUUCCCUGCUGGAGCUGCCUCCCUCCGUCCCGCCAUGGAGCAGCCGUACGGCGGGCAGGCCCUGGCCGGCGGCGGCGCGCUGGGGCCUGUGGAUGUGCCCAGCGCCCGGCUGACUCGAUACAUCGUGCUGCUCUGCUUCGCCAAGGUUUUGAAAGCCGUGGGGCUGUUUGAAUCCUAUGAUCUUCUGAAAGUGGUCCACCUCGUGCAGUUUAUCUUCGUAGUGCAGCUGGGGUCUGCCUUUUUUAUGGUUUUGUUUCAAAAACCAUUUUCAUCUGGAAAAGUGGUAACCAAGCAUCAGUGGAUCAAAAUUUUUAAGCAUGCUGUUGUUGGAUGUAUCAUUUCACUCUUAUGGUUUUUUGGCCUUACUCUAUGUGGACCACUGAGGACAUUAUUACUGUUUGAGCACAGUGAUGUGGUUGUACUGUCACUCCUUAGUGUCUUGUUCACAAGCUCAGGUGGAGGACCAGCAAAGACAAGAGGUGCUGCAUUUUUCAUCAUAGCUAUCAUCUGCUUACUGCUUUUUGAUAAUGACGACCUCAUGGCUAAAAUAGCAGAACAUCCUGAGGGGCAUCAUGACAGUGCUCUUACUCACGUUCUGUACACAAUCAUUGCUUUCCUGGGUGUUGCAGAUCACAAGGGUGGAGUAUUGCUUCUGGUACUGGCAUUAUGCUGCAAGGUUGGUUUUCAUAUGGCAUCCCGAAAACUAUCUGUAGAUGUAGGUGGAGCCAAGCGUCUUCAAGCUUUGUCCCACCUUGUUUCAGUCCUUCUGUUGUGCCCAUGGGUUAUUGUUCUCUCUCUGACAACAGAGAGUAAAGUAGAGUCUUGGUCAUCUCUCAUCAUGCCUUUCAUAACAGUCAUCUUCUUUGUUGUGAUCCUGGAUUUCUACGUGGAGUCCAUAUGCUCUGUGAAGAUGGAAGCUUCCACAUGUGCUCGAUAUGGAUCCUUUCUUAUUUUCAUUAGUGCUCUGCUUUUUGGAAACUUUUGGACGCAUCCAAUAACAGACCAGCUUCGAGCUAUGAACAAGCCACCACACCAUGAAAGCACAGAGCAUGUUCUUUCUGGAGGGGUGGUAGUGAGUGCUGUCUUCUUUGUUUUAUCUGCCAAUAUCCUGUCCUCCCCCUCCAGGAAAGGGCAGAAGGGUACCCUUAUUGGCUAUUCCCCUGAAGGCACUCCUCUCUAUAACUUCAUGGGUGAUGCAUUACAGCAAAGUUCCCAGUCAUUGCCCCGGUUUAUUAAGGAGUCAUUGAAACAAAUCCUUGAGGAGUAUGAUUCUCGGCAGAUCUUCUAUUUCUUGUGCCUAAAUCUGGCUUUCACUUUUGUGGAGCUUUUUUAUGGAGUAUGGACCAAUAGCCUUGGUCUUAUUUCUGAUGGAUUUCACAUGCUUUUUGAUUGUUCUGCGUUAGUGAUGGGGCUUUUUGCAGCUCUGAUGACAAGGUGGAAAGCAACUCGCAUAUUUUCAUAUGGGUAUGGACGUGUAGAAAUUCUCUCUGGAUUUAUAAAUGGCCUCUUUCUGAUGGUGAUUGCUUUCUUUGUCUUCAUGGAAUCAGUGGCAAGAUUGGUAGAUCCUCCAGAUAUAGAUACAAAUAUGCUAACUCCGGUGUCUGUUGGAGGGCUGAUUGUAAACCUUGUUGGUAUCUGCGCCUUCAGCCACGCGCACUCGCACGGCGCUUCUCGGGGAGGCUGUCCCACACAUGAUCACAGCCAUUCUCACCAUGGCCACAGCCACAGCCAUGGGCACGGCCAUUCCCACAGUGACCAUGGCCACAGCCAUGGACAUGCCCAUGGGUCUUCUGGAGGAGGCAUGAACACCAACAUGAGAGGUGUGUUUCUGCAUGUGUUAGCAGACACUCUUGGCAGUGUUGGUGUUAUCGUAUCCACAAUAUUUAUUCAGCAAUUUGGAUGGCUCAUAGCUGAUCCGCUCUGCUCUCUCUUUAUUGCUACGUUGAUUUUUCUUAGUGUUAUCCCUCUAUUGAAAGAUGCCUGUCAAGUGCUUUUAUUGAGGAUACCUCCAGAACAGGAGAAAGAUCUGCAUGCUGCUUUAGAAAAGAUUCAAAAAAUAGAGGGAGUUAUAUCCUACAGAGAUCCUCAUUUUUGGUGUCACUCUGCAACUGUUGUGGCAGGCACAAUACAUGUGCAAGUGGUAUCAGAUGUGAUGGAACAGAGAAUUGUACAGCAGGUACAGUGCAAGGUCACAGCAAUUCUGAAAGAUGCUGGUGUAAACAACUUAACUGUCCAAGUGGAGAAAGAAGCUUAUUUUCAACACAUGUCUGGACUCAGUACAGGAUUUCAGGAUGUCCUUGCAAUGACGCAGCAGCUAGAAUCCAUGAAAUACUACAAAGAUGGUACUUACAUCAUGUGAUACAAAUUUGUAUUUGCCUGUCAUGGUUUGAGCCUGGCACAGAGCCAGUGCCCCCAUGAAAAUGCCCUCACCCUGGUGUCUGCUGUGAGAUAUGACCAGGAAUAAGCAAAACAGGCUCCAGCUUAAACAUAAAGAACACUUUAUUACCUAAACUACAGGAAAAUAGGAGAUGCCAAAGGAGAUGUAAAUGGUCAAGCUAAUUGAAUCCAUAUUUGUAUUUUUGCGGGGAGAUCUUGCACAUACAUGUACAGAAACAAAUGUACUAUAUAUUUGAAUUUUUGUAAGUGUCCUAUCUUUGUUAAUUGGAUUGAGAUGCUUUUAUAAAGGAAACAAGAAGGACUUGAGUACUUGCUGUAAAUGUGAAAAUAGUUGAAAUCUUAUAUACUAUACUUGGUGUUUAUUAAACAGAAGUCUUGAAACUUGCAGAUGAGCACAGAUGUAUUCCAUGCUUUCUCCAAGUGUGGAACAUCAGUAUUUUAAUUUCUUGUUAGUAGUGGGAAAUAGAAGUAGUUUAUAUUGGAAUGCAAACAAUCAACUGCGCACUACUUUUCUUUCUUUCAAAGAUUGCUUGAAGACUCUUGGAAUGAAAAAACCACUUUAUUAUGGGGAUUAAAAAACAUCAAGUUCUGUGUUUUGCAUAUUUUGUUAGAUAAUAGAAAUAUACAGUUUUUAUAUUAUGUCUUAGCAUACAAAUAUGAUUUCUAUACUUAAUGCACCAGAGCAAAUAUAUGUUACCAUUUUACAUUUGUAUUGAACUGUUUUUUGUAGAAGAAAUACACAGAUUUAACAACGAGAAAUAGGGAAGGGAAGAAAAAUUAAAACACUUUUUCCUGGGAAGACUCAAAAUCAUAACUCAAACCACUUAAAAUAAAACUUCUUGUACUUUUUAUAUGAAUAACUGCAAAUGAAAUAUUUGAAGUCUAGAAGUAAUAAAUCAGUGAGCAUCCUAGCACUCUGCUAAACUUCAUCUUUUCAAGAUACGUUAUCCUGUACUUGACUCAUUUUUUUAAUAAUACCAUUACAGCUGCAGAUGUACUGUAGACAACCGUACCUCCAUGUAUUACCUAGGGAAGAAGUUCAGGUUUAGAAUGCUAAACUAUGAAAGUAGUCUUGGACUCGACAAGUUGCUGAAAUGAACAGUAAAUUGAGACUUCUUGACUGGAAAGUGAAAGAGACUGCCUUUAAGAAAGAAUUAUGGAUGUUGAGGACUUAAUACUGCAAAGAAAACAAAUCCAUAUGUUUAAUGAAAACCUGUCAAUGCAAUAAUAAAAUACAUCUUCAGAGGUA